AAAAUUAUGUGCAGAAUGUGACUGCAUUAUUGGAAAAGACAAAGGCCGGAUUUUUGUUAUCUGAAACUAUAGGCUAUACAGUGCCACCUUGCAUACCCCUAAAAAAGAUAAUGCCAGAAAUAUUAUCCCACUUCCUAUAAAUGCUAGCAUUACUACGUAUAACCGCAAGCUCUUGAAGACCACACUCGAGCUAAUAAUAAUUUCCUCUGUUUCUGUGUGCGAGCGACACCGUGAGCAAUGGCCAGAAAACUAAGCAUCGUUAUGCUCUUCCUCGUUGCAAUGUCGCUCCUUUUCGUGGAGAACCAUGCUGAGAUUGUUGUCGCUGCCACUGAGGCUCCAGCACCUCAGCCCAACAAUAGCACAACCAAUUUUCCCAAGCACGGCAUAACUGAAGGCAGUCUGCAGCCACAGGAAUGUGGACCACGUUGCACAGAGAGAUGCUCAAAGACGCAAUACAAGAAGCCAUGCAUGUUCUUCUGUCAAAAGUGCUGUGCAAAAUGCUUGUGCGUGCCUCCCGGUACUUAUGGCAACAAGCAGGUCUGCCCUUGCUAUAAUAACUGGAAGACCAAAAGAGGAGGACCCAAGUGCCCCUGAACAUCAAGCCCUCUUCUUUCAACCGUCGCUCUCAAGUUUCAGUGCUUUG